GUCUACACCUGGAAGGUUGGAAAGGCAAAUGCAGCCUCACUCUCACCAAUAGGCAAUAGCUAGCUUAACCCCUCACGAACAGCCCACACCGGAACCUGCUAUUUGUCCGCUCUUCACCCCCGGUACCAAAUAUCCUUAUCCUAUUUAUCCUUCUUCUUCCUCCUCAUCUCAUCUCCCCCACCUAACAACACCAGAUCAGAAAUCUUGCUAUGGACUCAACGUUGCUGUAAUGUCGUUGCACGUAGAGGUCUAGCUUGCUGCUCCAAGAUUGAGAUCAGUAUCCUGUUGGGGCCAACAGAUUUAGCUAGUUUAAUUAAGAGGGUUCGAGCAGAUUGAGGCCAGAAUGGUCCAUUUCCUGCAAUGCAGCGGCAGUACCCACAUGCCAUUGCCUCUCUUCUUCGUCUUCUUCCUCUCCGUGCUCUUGUUCGCCUCCAUGGAGGCUGCGCAUUCAGAUGGCGCCGGGAGGUUGCCACUGAGAUUACUAGAGAUUGGCACCAGUAAGGAGCAAGAGGACGAAGCCAGAGGGGAGAUGAUGAAGAUGGAAAGGAGGAGCCUGAUCGGAUCAAGGCCACCAAGGUGUGAGAGGGUGUGCAUGUCCUGUGGCCACUGCGAGGCAGUGCAGGUGCCAGUAGCGCCACAACAUCACAAGAAGAAAGCUGGCCAAGAACGCCCUGUGGUGAGUGCCAUAGGUGCAGCCAUGUUCACCACCUACAGGGUGAAUGGAGGCCUCUCAGACUACAAGCCACUAAGCUGGAAAUGCAGGUGUGGAGGCAUAAUCCUUGAUCCAUGAAAGACUGGAGAUGCAACUUCAUGGAAACUUACAUUUCACCCUUGUGCAAAAAACUGUGUAAAGGCAUCAUCGUUCUUUGGUAUUCUUUUUUUCCUUCUUCCUUGCUAGCUACUUUCUCCCUUUUCCAAAUUUCCUCAAGAACAGAGAUUCAAGAGGGAGAAUGACCUGCAAAUUCCAUUGUACAUUUAGACGGCAAUUUUGUCCACGAAAUACAUUCGGUGCCUCUA